CUUCCUGUUAGCUUUGACCAGUCUGGCCAUUCUCCUCUGACGACUCUCAUUAACAAGUUGACGGGCGUGACCGCCGUGUCUGUCAUCUCCGGUUCUGUACAAGAAGAAGGAGGACAAGAGACGGAUUGGCCGUUCAGCCGGUAAGUGACACCAGAAGUGUAGUUGGAGACUUCGUGUGAAGGUGCGAGCGAAGAGUCGUUAGAGAACUUCCUGGAGGAGACACCAUCUUCGCUAAAAAGGCACUUGGAGACGCCGUCGUCAUGGAGAGGUUGGGUCACAUGUUCAUUAACCUGCAGCAGGUGAGGCAGGUGCCGUGGCUGCUGAGGGAGUCUCUGCCGUCCGUGCCCAGCACGCUGCGGGCGAGCGAGGUGCCGCCUCUCUUCAGAGUACCCAGCAUCCUCAGCGGCUACCGCCCCCCCGGCCAGCCCUGGCGCUACUACGCCCUGUCUGUGUUCCUGCGGCACAACGAGACGGUGAACGUGUGGACGCACCUGCUGGGGGCGCUGUGCGUGCUCUUCUGGGCCCUGAGGCUCGGCCAGACGGUGGACUUCGUGGGCGAUGUGCACGCCUGGCCCCUCCUCCUGCUGGUCUGCACGGCGUUCGGCUACCUGGCGCUUAGCACGUUAGCGCACCUGCUGUCGGCACGGUCACCCCUGCUCUUCCACGUCUUCUACUUCCUGGACUACCUGGGCAUCGCCCUGUACCAGUACGGCAGCGCGGCCGCACACCUGCACUAUGCCGCCCAGCCGGGCUGGCGGGGCCCGGGGGGGCCGGGCGGGGCCUUCCUGGGCGUGGCCGCCCUGCUGGCCUGGCUCUCCUGCCUGGCAGGGUGCUGCUCCAAGCUGGGGGCCAGGGGAGAGCCGUCCUGGGGGCAGAAGCUGUGCCACGUGGUGCCCUGCGGCCUGGCCUACGCCUGGGACUCCGGCCCAGUGUUCCACCGCGUCUACACCUGCCUGCCUGUCUGCGCAGACGACCCUGCCGGCCGCUUCCACGCGGUGCAGCUGGGCUGCUUCCUGGCCAGCGCAGUCUUCUUCUCCUGCGGCGUGCCCGAGCGCUGGCUCCCGGGCCGCUGCGACUUCCUGCCACAGGGCCACCAGCUCUUCCACCUGCUCAUGGUGCUCUGCACCUGCGGCCAGAUCCACGGCUCGCACCUGGACUACCUGCAGCGCAGGGCGCUAUACACGCAGACGCAGUCCGCCGCUCUGCUCCCUGGCCUGCUCCUCAGCCUGUUCGCCCUCCUCGCCCUCACCUGCAUCCUCACCUGCGUCCUGAUGACCCGCACCGCCAGCCGUCUGUUAGGACACAAACACAAAGAGUCAUGACCCCCACGGCCAAAGAAACAAUCCUGACCUGAACUUCAGCUUCUCGCUCUUAACAUGGAACAGGUUUCAAUUUCCAUAAAGAUGGCAGACCUUGAUCGGUUUCCGGGUCAGGCAAAUA